CGGCCGCCGGCGCCGGCCGAGGGCGAUGGGGCUGGGCUGAGGAGAGGCGGCGGCGGUGGCGAAAGCGGCCCCCCGGCCCCCUGCGGCCUUUUGGCUGCCCGGGCCGGGAGGCCGCGGACAAGUCAGCACGGCGGCGCGGCUGGUCUGACAGAAGCAUCCUAGGAUCUUGGUGUCUGGACAUAAGAGUUACCUUCACCUGUUGUGAAGCACAGCACCUUUCAAGCCACUGUAGAAAUGGACAAAGAAGAAAGGAAGAUUAUCAACAAGGGUCAAGAAGAUGAAAUGGAGAUACAUGGCUAUAACUUAUGUCGCUGGAAGCUUGCCAUGGUUUUUGUAGGGGUGAUUUGUACCGGUGGUUUUCUCCUCCUCCUCCUCUACUGGAUGCCUGAGUGGCGAGUGAAAACCACAUGUGUUAGAGCUGCAGUUAAAGACUGUGAAGUGGUGCUUCUCAGGACGACUGAUGAAUUUAAAAUAUGGUUUUGUGCAAAAAUUCACUUUCUUCCUCUGGAUAAUCAACCAAAUUUGAAUGCAAAAUCUUUAGUUAAUAAGGUUCCUAAUGGCCAUGCUGUUCUUCUGACUGAAGAAAAUAGAUGCGAGAUGAAUAAAUACUCACAGAAUCAGUCACAACAGAUGCGUUAUUUUACUCACCAUAGCAUAAGAUAUUUCUGGAAUGAUGCCAUUCACAAUUUUGAUUUCUUAAAGGGACUGGAUGAAGGUGUAUCUUGUGCAUCAAUUUAUGAAAAGCAUAGUGCAGGACUGACAAAGGGGAUGCAUGCCUACAGAAAGUUGCUCUAUGGAGUAAAUGAAAUUGCUGUGAAAGUGCCUUCUGUUUUUAAGCUUCUAAUUAAAGAGGUUCUCAACCCAUUUUACAUUUUCCAGCUGUUCAGUGUUGUCCUGUGGAGCAUUGAUGAAUACUAUUACUAUGCUCUAGCCAUUGUGAUUAUGUCCAUAGUGUCCAUUCUAAGUUCACUAUACUCCAUUAGAAAGCAAUAUGUUAUGUUACAUGACAUGGUGGCAACUCACAGUACUGUGAGAGUGUCAGUCUGUAGAGUAAAUGAAGAAAUAGAAGAGAUCUUUUCUACAGACCUUGUGCCGGGAGAUGUCAUGAUCAUUCCAUUAAAUGGGACAGUCAUGCCUUGUGAUGCAGUACUUAUUAAUGGUACUUGCAUUGUAAAUGAAAGCAUGUUAACAGGAGAAAGUGUUCCAGUGACAAAGACUAAUUUGCCAAAUCCUUCAGUGGAUGUGAAAGGAGUGGGGGAGGAGCAGUACAGUCCAGACACACACAAGCGGCACACUCUGUUCUGUGGGACGACUGUUAUUCAGACCCGUUUCUACACUGGAGAACUUGUGAAAGCCAUAGUAGUUAGAACAGGAUUUAGUACUUCCAAAGGACAGCUUGUUCGUUCUAUACUGUAUCCCAAGCCAACUGACUUUAAACUCUACAGAGAUGCCUACUUGUUCCUGCUGUGUCUUGUGGUGGUGGCCGGGAUUGGAUUUAUCUACACAAUCAUCAAUAGCAUCCUAAAUGAGAAAGAAGUUAAGGAAAUAAUUAUUAAGUCUCUUGAUAUCAUUACAAUUACUGUGCCACCUGCUCUUCCUGCUGCAAUGACUGCUGGGAUUGUGUAUGCUCAGAGAAGACUGAAAAAAGUUGGGAUUUUCUGUAUUAGUCCCCAGAGGAUAAACAUCUGUGGACAGCUGAAUCUUGUUUGCUUUGACAAGACUGGAACUCUUACCGAAGAUGGUUUAGAUCUGUGGGGAAUUCAGCGAGUGGAAAAUACCCGAUUCCUUUUACCAGAAGACAAUGUUUGUAGUGAGAUGUUGGUAAAAUCUCAAUUUGUUGCUUGUAUGGCUACUUGUCAUUCACUUACAAAAAUCGAAGGGGUUCUUUCUGGUGAUCCACUUGAUUUAAAAAUGUUUGAAGCCAUUGGAUGGAUUCUGGAAGAAGCAACUGAAGAAGAAACAGCACUUCAUAACCGUAUCAUGCCUACUGUGGUUCGUCCUUCCAAACAACUGCUUCCUGAGUCUACAACUGCAGGAAACCAAGAAAUGGAGCUGUUUGAACUUCCAGCUAUUUAUGAGAUAGGAAUUGUUCGCCAGUUUCCAUUUUCUUCUGCCUUGCAACGGAUGAGUGUGGUUGCAAGGACACUAGGUGACAAGAGGAUGGAUGCCUACAUGAAGGGGGCCCCUGAGGUCAUCGCCAGUCUCUGUAAACCCGAAACGGUUCCAGUUGAUUUUGAGAAAGUAUUAGAAGAUUAUACCAAACAAGGCUUCCGUGUCAUUGCUCUUGCACACAGAAAAUUGGAGUCAAAGCUGACCUGGCAUAAAGUUCAGCAUAUUAGCAGAGAUGCCAUUGAAAACAACAUGGAUUUUAUGGGAUUGAUUAUAAUGCAGAACAAAUUGAAGCAGGAAACCCCAGCAGUACUUGAAGAUUUGCAUAAAGCCAACAUUCGAACUGUCAUGGUCACAGGAGAUAACAUGUUGACGGCUGUCUCUGUGGCCAGAGACUGUGGGAUGAUUCUACCUCAGGAUAAAGUUAUUAUUGCUGAAGCAUUACCUCCAAAGGAUGGGAAAGUUGCUAAGAUCAAUUGGCAUUAUACAGACUCCCUGACACAGUGCCGUGAAUCAUCAGCCAUUGACUCAGAGGCUAUUCCAAUUAAACUUGCCCAUGAUAGUUUAGAGGAUCUUCAGGUGACUCGCUACCAUUUUGCGAUGAAUGGAAAGUCCUUCUCGGUGAUCCUGGAACAUUUUCAAGAUCUCGUUCCUAAGUUGAUGUUGCAUGGCACUGUGUUUGCUCGAAUGGCACCAGAUCAGAAGACACAGUUGGUGGAAGCAUUGCAGAAUGUAGACUAUUUUGUUGGGAUGUGCGGUGAUGGUGCAAACGAUUGUGGUGCUUUGAAGAGGGCACAUGGUGGCAUUUCCUUAUCUGAGCUUGAAGCUUCUGUGGCAUCUCCUUUUACUUCUAAGACACCCAGUAUCUCCUGUGUGCCAAACCUUAUCAGGGAAGGCCGUGCUGCUUUGAUGACGUCUUUCUGUGUGUUUAAAUUUAUGGCGCUAUACAGCAUCAUACAAUACUUCAGUGUUACUCUCCUGUAUUCUAUCUUGAGUAACCUGGGAGACUUUCAGUUUCUCUUCAUUGAUCUGGCAAUCAUUUUGGUAGUAGUAUUUACAAUGAGUUUAAAUCCUGCCUGGAAAGAGCUUGUGGCACAGAGACCACCUUCAGGCCUUAUAUCCGGGGCACUCCUCUUCUCCGUCUUGUCUCAGAUUGUGAUCUCCGUUGGAUUUCAGUCACUCGGUUUUUUCUGGGUCAAGCAGUAUAAAGUGUGUGAUCCAUAUUCAGAUGUUUGUAAUACAACAAGAAGCGCAUGUUGGAACUCAUCACACUUAUACAAUGGGACUGAACUCGAUUCGUGUAAAAUACAAAAUUAUGAAAAUACCACAGUGUUUUUUAUCUCCAGUUUUCAGUACCUCACAGUGGCGGUUGCCUUUUCAAAAGGAAAACCAUUCAGGCAGCCUUGCUACAAGAAUUAUUUUUUUGUUAUAGCUGUAAUUAUUUUGUAUGUUUUCAUAUUAUUCAUCAUGUUGCAUCCAGUUGCCUCUGUUGACCAGGUUCUAGAGAUUAUGUGUGUACCAUACCAGUGGCGCAUAUACAUGCUUAUCAUUGUUCUUGUCAAUGCCUUCGUGUCUAUCACGGUGGAGAGCUUCUUCCUUGACACGGUCCUUUGGAAAGUUGUGUUCAAUCGAGACAAACAAGGAGAGUGUCGUUUCAGCACCACACAGCCACCACAGGAGUCAGUGGAUCGAUGGGGAAAAUGCUGCUUGUCCUGGGCCCUGAGCUGUAGAAAGAAGACUCCAAAAGCAAAGUACAUGUACCUGGCACAGGAGCUCCGCUUCGAUCCUGAGUGGCCACCUAAGCCUCAGACAACGACGGAAGCCAAAGCUGUAGUAAAGGAGAAUGGAUCAUGUCAGAUCAUCACCAUAGCAUAGCGAAGACUGCUCUGCUAUGCCAGUAGCAGUAUUCAGCAAGAUGUGCUGUUGAGCUUUUCUGACCCUGUGUCAGAAUGGCACCAAUUCAGUUUAUAUCCCUCUCAUAAUAUGGCAGUUGAUUAAAACACAAAAACGGUAACAUGUCAUUUGCUGCACAGUUAUUAACUAUAAAUCUGGCUAUAUCUUCAUGCAGUAACCUAAAUAUGAUAUACACUUUAUAUUGGGUAUGAGAGAACUGUAUUUGGGUUAUAGAUUUUAGCUUUUGACACUAGUUUGCCUCUUUAAAUUUAAUUUUCACAAAUCCCUUUAUUAGGAAGUUCUUUUACAUAUAGGCCCAAAAAUUGUGAUUGUUAAAAAUUAUAGUUGUUAAUUGUGAUUAGCCUUCAGUGACAGUAGGUUGAAAGCCUAUUUUGAUCCCAGUGUUUUCUCCCGAAGAACUGUAUGUUAAAUAUAACCAGUUUUCUUUUAUGACCUGGAGUUAGGAGUGAGUUUCUGUGUUAUUGUUGAUAAAACAACUCAGGUAAUUUCCAUUUCUGGUUUUAUAUUCUCUGUGUAGCCUGCCUGGGUGUCACUUUCUAGCCAGUAAGGUGCUCCAUUGCUGUCUUCAGAUGUCCUUCAUAGUAUUCCAUGGGUCCCAUGCAGUAUCUGACGUCAGCAGUCUAGUUAAGCAAAGAACUCUCUCACUAGAAAGAUUUGUUUCUGAGCCAGGCAUGACAGUAAAGGCCCCUAAUCCUACACAGGAGUCUGAGGCAGGAGAAUUGUUCUUAGUCCAAGAAUAGCCUAGAAUAGAUAGUAAAAGCCUGUCUCAGAAUACACAUGCCGAAAGAUUGAGGUUAAUUCUCUUGGCAGUAGAUCUCAUUCAUAUCUCUUCAAACCUUUUUUUUUUUUUUGAGACUUGUAUCAUUUUAAAUAUUUCAUAUUUCCUUUCUCCCUCUCCUACCUAAAAGAAUGGAAUGAUGCUGUUUUUGUUUUGCUUUGAGUUAGACCUUAGCCUUACUAUAUGUCUCUCCUUUGAAUAAUGGGGCUUAAAAGAAUAAUGAAUAUUGAAUUUGAAUGACUUUUACAAAGCAAUAUGAACUUGUAGAGUUUGCUUCGUGCCAUUAGGUGGCACCAGAGAUCAUCACAUACCUAUUUUGUAACAAGUGAGCUUGAGAAAAUUAAAUAUAUACAUUUUUAGCUAACCAGAAUGAGGAAAGCAUUUACAAAAUUUAUGUUUUAUCUGAUUGUGUUCAGUUUUCAAGGAGCUUUCACAAUGCCUUCCUAGGUAGGACCUGCCAGUUUGGCAGUGCUAUAAAAUUUUUUUUGGCCUAAAUUAGCCAAAAAACAAAACAAAAAAAAAGAGUAACAUUAUUCUGUGUUCUUUUUUAACUAACUACAGGUGCAUGCUUUCCACUCCGGGUUGAUCAUAUUUUCCUAGUACACACCAGUUUACCAAAUGUUAACCAGAUUUGUGGAAUUUUUUUUUCUCUUGUUUUUUUGGCUUUUUGUUUGUUUGUUUGUUUUGUUUUUAAUGUUGCAAAGCCCCGAAUGAUGUUUGAUAAUUGUAGAAAAAGUAAAUUCGUCUCAGGAUCACUGUUACUGCUAUUGCCACUAGUGAUUCUUAGGAAAUAUAUAAUCGACCUUUUCCAGCAAAAUGUAUGAUAUUAUAUGUUAGAUAAUAAGAACAAUUGUCCCAUGAAUGAUUCUAUGAAGCUAUGCAUCUUAGACCUCUUGAGCUGUGAAUUAGCACUAUUUUCUAUAGUUCCUUAUUCUUUAUUAUUUUAUACUUUCUAUGUUCAUUUCAAUAAUGUUAAUGUUAUUCAAUCAUUUUCUGAAUUGUUAACUCUUAUUCUUUGGUUUAAAUACUGAAACAUGACUAAUUGCUAACUAUAGCUUAGAAACCCAGUAUCAAUUGUAUUUAACAUCUUUAAGAGCGUGAUCAUAAAGGUAUUUGACACUUCAUUUUAACAUUUAGAGUUGAUAAGGGUUUAUAUCUCAUCUGUUCAUAUUGUUUGCAAAGGAACAAGGUUUUAUGUAGGUGAGAGAAAGCAUUUGUACGAAGUUAGAUUUGAACAUAGACAGGAUAGGUUAUUCCAGUUAAGAAUGUUGUUCAGAGAAUGUCUGUGAAUCCAGACGUGGAUGGGUCCUGCUUAGUGCCAUAGGUAGAUCGAGUCUUCUGUAGGUCAUCAUUACAUAGUAAUUUUGGUUCUGAAUUUUACGUUAAAUUAUUUGAGUAUAUACAGACCUAAAUUUUAAAAUCUGUACAUAUAUUAUUUUGAUGUAUUAAGAUUGAUAAUAUUGCUGAUUUAAAUUUUAUUUAUGCACAUACUUAAAGGACAGAAAUGUCUGGGAAAGUAAUUGUUAAAUAAUGAUAUGUAGCUUUUUAACUUUUUAAAUAAAUAACAAGAUUUUUUAAUGUGGGUCUCCCUCAGGGUUGUUUAAAGUUGUAUGUUUUCUUCCCUUAAAUAUAAAUAAAUAGUGGUAACUGCUUUCUAUCUUCUAGCUCCCACUGCUGUAAGGGAAUGCUGCAAACAGUGCUUGGGCGAGGGUGGGGCGCCACAGCAAAGCCUGGGGUACAAACGCUUUCCAGGUCGCACUGUUCAUUUAAGCAAACCUGUUGUUGUUUUUAUAAUUUAUUUCCCAUGUUGAUGAAAGUACUGCACAGUUUCAGAGGCAUGGUAAAUAAUAUGUCAUUCAUAUAUAUAUAUAUAUAUAUAUAUAUAUAUAUAUAUAUAUAUUCCAAAAGCAGCAAAAACUCAUAUCCAGUGAAGAGCAACUUCAAGCUUUAGACAACAUCUAAUAUCUCAUGCAUGCAACUUUGUUGUAUCAGAUAAAAAAGUUUUGUAUAUUUAUGGUGGGAGGCUACUGGGAACUUUUAUCAAAAUAGGGUAUUAACUUUUGUACAGUCUAGGUAUUUACAUGUAUUUUUAAUGUAUUACAAUUUGGUAAUUAUGUGCACAUGAAAUUAAUAAAAGUUACUUCCUGUUAUAAUUUGUGAAUUCCCUGAGACCGUGGAUUUUUUUAAGUAACUUUAUAUAUCAGAAAUGACAGACACAUCUUUAUAUUUUUAAAAUUGUAUUGCUGCUCAAGAAUGGUACCCUGUUGUCAAAAAGGUAGAUAUUCCUAAUUGUACAUUCAGCAUUGUAAAUACCAUAUGAAAUCCUUUUUGAUUGAAGCUAUUCAAAAUAAAAAAUUUUAAUGAAUUAAA